CCAUGCUUCAGUACAAAGGUAUAUAUUAAGAUGUAUCUUAAUGUAUAUGGCCACCCUGUCAACGAGUAUACAUCUGUAAUACGUGUAAAACAAAUAAAAGCAAGUUUCCUAGUUUUCGCCUCUUGAUGGGGUGUCACAUGACACAUGGUCCCUAAGCAGACGGGCGCUCCCCGUGUGUUGUGGUGCUGAUGCAGACGUACAGACAGAAGCAUCAAACCGGACGCGAAUCACCGGAGGUGUUGCAAAGUAAUGCUUUGACAGUUUGAAAGGCUUCGGAGAACCGCGCCACUACCAUGGCGUCGCGCUCUGACCUCUUGGGAACAGCUCAGCCGCCGCUUGUGUUUUGGCCUGCAGGUGGCGGCAGCCCUCCGGAGGAGCUGGAUGUCAUGAGUUUCCUGAGCUCGCUGUUGGAGGAGAACAGCACAGCAGAGCGAUGUUAUCACUCCCAUUCUCGCAGCAGUGUGCUGCAGGGCUUGCCAUUCGGAGGAGUGCCCACUGUCCUCGCCAUUAAUGUUGUUCUGUGGCUGUUCCUUCUCCUGAUCUUUUCCUGUUUGAGGAAAGCAGCAUGGGACUACGGUCGCCUGGCUCUACUAAUGGAAAAUGACAGCUUGACAUCACUAUUCUACGGAGAACAAAGUGAAAAGGAGAAAACGCCAUCAGAAUCCAGCCCAUCAGACUCAGAGAGCAAGGACACGGGCUUCUGUUCCUGGCUCUCAUCUCUGUACCACAUGAAAGAUGAAGAGAUCCGCAGUAAAUGUGGUAUCGAUGCGGUCACGUACCUGUCUUUCCAGCGUCACAUCAUUCUGCUCAUGAUGGUGGUGUGUCUGCUGUCACUUACCAUCAUCCUGCCCAUCAACCUCUCUGGGAACCUCCUCGAAGGUAGCCCUCAAAACUUUGGCCGGACAACAGUUGUUAACGUCCCAGCACAAAACACGUUUCUUUGGUUGCACAGUAUCUUUGCACUGUUAUAUUUUGUCAUCACUGUAUUGUGUAUGGCACACCAUUCAUCACGACUCGAGUUCAGAGAGGAUGAAAAGGUAGCUCGAACUUUAAUGAUCACAUCCAUUCCUAGAGAAAUCUCUGAUCCCGGCUUGAUCACCAAACACCUGCAUGAGGCCUACCCAAGCUGCACCGUCACAGACAUCCGUUUCUGCUUCGACGUACAAAAGCUGAUGAAGCUGGACUCAGAAAGACGAAAAGCAAUGAAGGGUCGGCUGUAUUUUACAACCAAGGCUCAGAAGGAGGGAAGAAUCAUGAUAAAGACGCACCCAUGUGCACAGAUCUUCUGCUGCGAUGUUUGUGGCUUUGAGCAGGUGGAUGCCGAGCAGUACUACAGCGAGUUGGAGGAGAAACUGACAGAUGAGUUUAAUGCGGAGAAGAAUCGUAUCUCUAUGAAGAGGCUCGGCAUUGCCUUUGUGACCUUCAGAGACGAGAGAAUGACCGCAGUGAUUGUGAAAGACUAUAGCAGAGCUCAUUGCCGCCACAGAGCCCAGCAGUCCAGCAUCACAACAGUGGUGCGUUCCCAUCAAUGGGGUGUUUCUUAUGCUCCUGCCCCAAGUGACAUCAUUUGGGAAAAUCUGUCAGUGUGCGGUUCGCGCUGGUGGCUCCGCUGCAUCCUGCUCAACAUUGCGCUCUUCCUCUUGCUCUUCUUUCUCACAACCCCGGCUAUCAUUGUAAACACCAUGGACAAGUUCAACGUCACUCGGCCAGUUGAAAGCCUUAGGAACCCAGUAAUUACCCAGUUCUUCCCCACCCUGCUCCUGUGGGCCUUUUCCAUUCUUCUGCCCUUCAUAGUGUACUAUUCAUCAUUAUUUGAGCACCACUGGACCAGGUCCAGUGAGAAUCAGGUCACCAUGCACAAAUGCUUUUUCCUGCUUGUCUUCAUGGUCAUCAUUCUGCCAUCACUGGGUCUGUCUAGCUUGAAUUUCUUCUUCAGGUGGCUUUUUGACAUCCACUUCCUCGAUCAAACCGAUGUGAAGUUUCAGUGUGUGUUUCUACCUGACAAUGGGGCGUUCUUUGUGAACUACGUGAUCACAUCCAGUCUGUUAGGAACGGCUAUGGAGCUUCUGCGUAUUCCUGCACUGCUGGUGUAUUCUCUUCGCCUCUGUUUCGCUAAAUCUAAAGCUGAACGCAUUCAUGUUAAAAGAAGUCAAGCUUAUGAGUUUCAGUUUGGUCUUGAGUAUGCUUGGACCAUGUGCAUAUUUUCAGUCAGUAUGACCUACAGCAUCACCUGCCCCAUUAUUGUCCCUUUUGGUCUGCUGUAUCUUGUUCUGAAGCAUAUGGUAGAUCGGUAUAAUAUCUACUAUGCAUAUAUACCCACAAGGCUCAGCCAGAGGAUCCACUCGGCGGCUAUCAGUCAAGUGGUGGUAGCGCCUAUUCUUUGCAUGUUCUGGCUACUCUUCUUCUCUGUGCUCAGACUGGGUCCACUGCAGCCCGUCACUCUUUUUACUUUCAUAACUCUAAUAUCCUGUAUUGCCUUCUCCUGUUUUGGCCUGUGUCUGAAAAAACUACGACCUGACAGAUCAACAAACUAUCAGAUGUCUGAUCAGCCAACAGAAGGAGGCUUCGGCAGUGCGGAGAGAAGCACCGUUUCCAGCACAACCACAGCUAAUCUUUUUAUAGCCACCGUCCUGUUGGAGCCAGAGCUGGGUCUGACUCCCAUGCCCUCCCCUGCCCACCAGAGCUACGGCACCAUGGUGAAAAGUCAGAGUUCAGUGCGCGAUGCCGAAGGGGGGGAGGAGAAAGAUCUGGAGGAAACUUUGGAGACUGAACUCAAGGAUGACCCAAAUCCCAUAUGCCCCAGCCCUCUCAUGGACAGCCUUGUGGCUUUCCAGUGACCAACUUCGCCAAGCCCAGAAGCUCGAGCCCCAUGCCUCAUCUUAGCUGGUGGCUGAUAAAGAGGCACUAUGCUGCAAUUUUUGUUCCUCGACAACCUCCACGCACGAGACUAAUUAUGGUCAGCUAAGCAAACUGCUUCAAAGGCGGACGGGAAAUUUACCGACAUGGUGAUUUUAGUAAGACUUUGAUGAGCUUUUAGAUUUAAUGUGGGACUUUCAGAGAAUUCAAACAGUACCGCAGCCUCCAUCUGAAGUGGAUAAAAGCAAAGGUCUGUUUAAAAAAGAGACCAUUCCACUUUCUUUGUUUGGACUACGCUUUCUACUUGUUCAAUUUUCUCUUGUACUUUCCUUUUCACGGUAAUCAGUUUAAUGGGUGUUUGGCAGUAUGGUCGACUGAAGCUUAGAAUAGCAUAUUUUGAAAGAUGUACUUUUUUAUGAGCUCCAAAAUGAAGCCCUGGUCCAGAUAUCCAAAUUUGAUUUGCUUAUUGCUACUUUUCGCUGUUCAAGUUUGUGCUUAUUAUUGUCUACCUAUAUAUCAAUAUUUGUAUUUUAGCAGUGCUAUGUAAUUGUGCAACAUUAUGCGCUGUUUUUAUUUCUUUACUAUUGAUAGAUAACUGUUAUGGUUAUUAACAUCCUCAACCAGUUUUGCCACUUCCGUAUUGUGCAUCAAUCACGCUCCAGGUUAUUCUUCAUUUGGCUGUACUUGCUGCUUUCAUUUGGCACUACAGUUGCAAAUUAGGUUGAGAACAUUUAUCUUUUCCACAUUGAAAAAUUCCACAUAAAAUUCCACAUUGAAUAUUCUUGGAAACGUAAAAACACACUCUAAAGUGAAGAUUUUUGUUUAAUUUGACAGACAUAAGAUGCUGAAUAAGUGCAGAAACAACAAAUUGCUUAUCUUGUGCUCAAAUAUCCAAUGUAUUAAAGGAAUGUUUCGGUUUAAAAAUUUAAAUCAAAGGUUAUCUGAGUAAUUUCAACUGAGCCUUUAUUUGAAAACAAGAGGGGACUAUUAAUGUGAAUUUUUACAUUGAUUAACAUACAUGAAAGUUUGAAUACAACUUGGCACAUUUAGACGGUAAGACACAUAUAGCACCAAGUUAACUUCUGGUCUGUGUUUGGUUAUAAUUUUAAACUAUCACAUAUUUAAUUUAUAUUAAUAUUUAAUUGUAUAUUAACUUUAUGAAAUGAAAUUAAAACUACUCAAGAGUUAUUGUUUCUUUGCGAAGGUCUACCAUUUGUUUAUGUUUUUGCCACUGCAAUCGUCUAUAGGGUCAGAAUGUACUGAACAUACAAUUUUGCCGACACAUUACGUUCAAGUUUUGCUGUGGUUUUCUAAAACAACUAAAAAUCAUAACAAACUAAGGGAUAAGCUGAAAUGAUAAUUUAUCUAUACAUAUUUGAAUUUAUUUGCAAAAACAGAUCAAAAUUUGAAAAAAGGUUUUUUUUGUUAGUAUUACUUAAUCAAAACAACCCAACUGCAGUUUGAUUGAUAUAUCUUGGAUUGCUUAAUAAAAAACUUGAUUAUUGAAAACCGAGUUAUCUGAUUUUGCAAAAGAUCUCAUUUAUUUAUCAAUUUAUAUUGAAUCCAAAACAUUCCUUUAAUCAUCACCAUCGUUCAAAAGUGCUUUGGGUAACAAACUGAAAGUGGCUCAUAAAGGCAGAUAAUCCUGCUGUAACAAUUUUAUUCCAUCCCUGACUCUCAUACUGCAUGUUGUUUGCAAGCCUCCCUCUGUCACAUGCUCGAACUUGCCUGCAGAUCUCUUUGGAUUUUUCAAGUGUAGCCCUGGCUUCUGUAACACGCUAAUUUUCUUAGUCAAUUUUGUACUCUUGGUCUCUGCUGCAAGUGGUUGUAGGACUGGAGGGGAAGGGGUGGGUGGAGGGUUUUCUUGCCAAUAUGAAUGUAAAUGAGUUGUGGUUAGUAUCGUGCUCUCUUGCUGUGCCUUGAAGAAGCAGAUCUUAUGAAAAGAAAAAACAAAGUUCUGUCUGACAAUCCAGCAUGACCUGCAAUAUGCUGCAUGAACUUAAAGCGCGAGACAAAACAAAAAGUGAAUUCCACAAUGAAUCAAUAAGGUGAGAGAUAUGUGUGGUAUGUUCUGUUUAUGAAGCAUCCCUCCUCAUGACAAGACACGGAGCCAGAAACAUAUUCUACGCAAGUACUUGAGUACAAAUUCUUCUGCCUACGCAAGCCUGAUGCCAAGUUUAUCUCAAGGAGUGGUAUAGUGGACAUAGAAGAACAAUCUUUCAAUGUAAAUUGACAUGUUUACAUGUAGUAAUCAUCACUACAAUAUCAAAGAUGAUACAUUUCCAGUGUGUUGGCUAAGCAUUUGCAUCUGCAUUUACCUACUUCCAUAAAGUGUCUGUCUGGCCCAAACUUCACAAUUUAAUUGAAAAAUGUUCUGUUCGAUAUUGAUCAAGCAAAUACACACUAACAUAUGCAAAUAGCCUUCACUCAUGACAUCAUAAGCAGUUGUCUUGUGAGAUACCUUAGAUAUUUCAUUGGUUUGUUCUAUUUGUAAAUGCAGAAUCUUGAUGUGCACAAAAGUUUUCGUUCUUCUGUUGAACGGCUGUACCUCGGUACACUACAGCAGAAUGUGUCUUUGUUAAGAGUAUGAAACGGAAUUAAAACUUU